ACAGUUUCCUGCAGAUUCGCUGAGACAGACGGGUCUCCUUCGCAGACUGGAGAAUGAUCUGAAGAGGAAGGAGGGUCUGUGGGUCUAACUGGUCGGCAUGCAUUGGAACUGGCUGCUGGAGUGAUUUUUUUUCCUUUAUUUGUCAAGGAAAACAGCGAACAAGAAGUACAGUAACAGGAUGGAUGGUUCGGCGGGAACAGGUAUAAGGUCGAACGGACCGACUGCAGCGUCCAAAAGCCCGGCAGAAUCACCCCAGACCCCACCUCUACCCCCGGAUGGGCUGAAUGAAGAGCAGCAGUCAUCUCUGACGGAUGUCACUCAAAUGUGGAUUCAAUUUGCCAAAACCUUCGCAAUCAUCUUCCCAAUCUACGUGCUGGGGUACUUUGAGUUCAGCUUUAGCUGGGUUCUGAUUGGACUCGCUCUGCUUUUUUAUUGGAGGAAGAACUAUGGCAGUAAGGACUACAGGAUAAACCAGGCUUUAGAGUUCCUGGAGCACGAAGAGAAAGCAGUGAGGCAAAGUUUGCCAACAUCCCAGCUGCCAUCAUGGGUCCAUUUUCCAGAUGUGGAGAGAGUGGAGUGGGUUAAUAAGACGGUGAAGCAGAUGUGGCCGUUCAUCUGCCAGUUUGCCGACAAGCUGCUCAGAGAGACCAUCGAGCCGGAGGUGCAGCAGGCCAACGCUCAUCUCAGCUCCUUCUGCUUCACCAAGGUCGACCUGGGCGACAAGCCACCAAGAAUCAACGGGGUGAAGGUUUACACAGAAAAUGUGGACAAGAGGCAGGUCAUCAUGGACCUGCAGAUCAGUUUUGUCGGGAACACAGAAAUCGAUGUGGACAUUAGGAAGUACUACUGCAGGGCUGGAAUCAAAAGUAUACAGCUUCAUGGAUUGCUGAGGGUGGUGCUGGACCCUCUGCUGGGAGACUUGCCUCUGGUCGGAGCUGUGACUGCCUUUUUUCUCAAGAGACCUAUUCUGGACAUCAAUUGGACAGGACUCACAAACGUGCUGGAUAUUCCUGGUGUCAAUGGUUUGUGUGACAACAUUAUCCAGGACAUCAUCUGCAGCAAGCUGGUGCUGCCCAACAGCAUCAACGUGUCUCUGGUGAGCGAAACCGAAAUGGCCAAGCUCCGCUUCCCUAUUCCCAAGGGCCUCCUGAGGAUCCACUUCAUCGAAGCCCAAGAAGUAUUGAGUAAGGACAAGCUUUUGGGAGGGCUGAUCAAAGGCAAGUCUGACCCUUACGGAGUCAUCCAUGCCGAGAAGCAUCUCUUCCAGAGCAAAGUCAUCAACGACUCCAACAACCCGAAGUGGAACGAAGUGUACGAGGCCCUGAUUUACAAUCCCAAAGACCACAAUCUGCAGAUUGAGCUUUUUGAUAAAGACCCCGAUGAAGACGACUACCUGGGAAGUGUGUGUGUUGACCUCAUUGAGCUUCAGAAGGAACAAAAGGUUGAUGAGUGGUUUGCGCUGGAUAACGUGGCUACAGGGAAGCUGCACCUCAGACUGGAGUGGUUGUCUCUGCUGCCCACGCCGGAGAAGCUGAGCCAGGCGCUGAUGAGCAUCAGAGCCGAACGGGGUCAAGCCAACGACGGCCUUUCGUCUGCGGUGCUCAUCAUCUUCUUGGAAUCAGCCAAAACCCUGCCGAGCGUCUUCGAGGGGAACCUGGGCUCUGGCUACUUAAAAGAAAGGCGAGCAGCAGGCCUUGUGUUCUGCGAAAACACAGCUUCUCUCUAUAGGAGCUUAUUUGGCAAUCCGUUAGAGUUCAACGAAGCGGGGCUGAAGAAGGCCUCGAUCAGUAAGGCCACCAAGUCUGGUAAAAAGGUGACCAGUGAUCCCAACCCAUGCGUCCAGUUCAGAGUGGGACACAAAAGCUUCGAGAGCAAGACCAGAUAUAAGACCAAUAACCCAGUGUGGGAGGAGCACUUCACCUUUCUGAUCCACAACCCCAACAUCCAAGAGCUGGAGGUUGAGGUGAAGGAUGAGAAACAUCAUUGUCAAUUGGGGACAUUAACGGUGCCUCUGAGCCGCCUGCUUGAAGCAAAGAACAUGAUGAUGCAUGAGCACUUCCCUCUCAAGUGUCCCGGGCCAAGCUCCACCCUCAAGAUGAAGAUGGCACUGCGGGUGCUCUGUCUGGAAAAGGACACGUCCUUGCCCUCAAACUCCACCCCGUCCUCUGUGCAGGUCCGCAAAUCCAGCUCGUCUAGUUCGACCCCACAACCUUCUGCUUCUUCAGAAUCCCCCAAGUCUCCUCCCUUCGCCAACUCUGACAUCCCUCGUUCUGCCUCCGUGUCGACGCAUGAUCUGCUGAACGAGCGGUGGGAGGGUGAGGGGCCUACAAGGUCCUUGGGAAGCACAGACUUGGUGCAGGGCGGUGUUGGAAAAGCAGAAAAUCCGAGCUUGGCUGAGACCGGAAGAAGCAGCUCUAAUCUGGCCAUCUCUGGCUCCCAGCAGUUUCUGGCUGGAGGCAAGGAGCCAACGCCCAGCAUCGCGUCAGAUAUCUCCAACCCGUACUCUGCUCAGGAACUGAAGCAAAGACUCCAGCAGCUGCAGAAUGGGUCGGGCCCCAGUUACGUCCCACUUGGUGAGAUCCAGCUGACCAUCAGACACAGCGCGCCGACCAACAAACUCAUUGUAGUCGUUCACUCCUGCAGAAACCUGAUCGCAUUCACCGAUCAUGGCUCAGAUCCCUACGUCCGUCUCUACCUGCUUCCUGACAAACGGCGGUCCGGCAGGAGGAAAACUCACACACACAAGAAAACACUCAACCCAUCCUACGAUCAGAAGUUUGACUUCAGCGUUUCCCUCGUUGAGCUCCCCAGACGGACUCUGGACGUCGCGGUGAAGAACGGUGGAGGGCUGUUCAACAAACACAGAGGCCUUCUUGGAAAGGUUCUUGUGGAUUUGACUCAUGAGGAAAUCACCAAAGGUUGGACACAAUGGUUUGAGCUGAGUGAAGAUGGCCUGAAGAAGCCACACCAACUAUAAGAAGUCUUCAUCAUUAGCAUCAUCAUUAUCAUAUCACCACACUUCCACUUAUUCCACAGUGACAUUUAUUCUUCCUUAUAUUCAUAACUGUAAAAAGAACUGAUUCAAAGAAGAAGCCUAUGAAACUCAUUUAAUCUCAUCAGUCGCAAGGCAAACCUCCCCUUUAAGACGUUAGUGUUGUUCUAAAGGGAGACUAGAAAUUAUCUACUGCUGUGGAAGUCUAUUUUCCAUAUUUAUAGAAGCUGUUAACAGUCUCUUUUUUUCUUUUCAAACAAAGUUUCCACAAGUUUGUAAAUACUGUAAAGUGAUGCUGGACGAAUCUGAGUGUGGUUUAUUUUACACAUGAUGGAGAGGUGCCGUGUCUUACUGGCCAAAUGAUUGUAAUUUUAUUUGAUUUUAUAUAUUUUUCUUUUAAUGAAAAACAUUCUAUACAAAGUUUUUAAACCAGAGCAGAGUAGUCGCACCAAAGAUACAUAAAGUAUUUAAUAUUUUGGGUUUUGGUGACACAACAACACAUUGGCUUUAUGCCACUGUAAGAACAGAGAUAAAUAAACCAAGUAAAAAAAGAAUAUUGGGCUAAAUAUAAUGUGACUUUGUUCAUUUGCUAAAGAUUUUCAUUUCAAACUACACACGUGUUUGUUACAUUGAAAUAAGGCCAUUGUUGAGUGUUGCUGUCUUUUUUUUUAUUGAGUGCAACUCUUUACUCUUGUAGUUUAGACUCAAAAAUCACGAGUAAUCAAUGUAUAAAUUGUACACAAGAGAAAAUAAAGGACUUUUUUUAUGAGAAACAUUUUACAUUGGGCCUUUAAAUAUAAAUAAUUUAAGUGAGAACAUGGGGCUUUCAUGCCUGUUGCGUAUAAAACUAUUAGCUUAGCUUAGAAAGACAAGUAUGCUAGACUUAAAUAUCCAUUCCCUCAAAGUUAUUUUUGUACCUUUAAUGUUCUCCCCAAGAGAAAUCUCCUGUAACUCCACUAAACUUUCUUGUGAAAAGAAUUUGAAUGUGCUCAUGAGACAGAACCAGGUUAGCCUUUUUCCCCUUUUAACAGUGCGUAAUGCUAAGCUAAGCUAAGCUAACUGCUGCUGGCUUUGCAGUUAACAGAUGAAGAGAAAUGUUAGUAAAGUCAUCAAUAGCAAAAUGUUCAAACCAUCCCAGCACAGAGUUGAGUUGUAUCUAAAAAGCUGUUUAAUAGUCGAUCACAAUCUCCUUAUCUUGCUGAAGCCAAAAUGUUCAGAACUCAGACUUUGAUUAAAAUUCAGAUUUUGUGUUAGUUUUCAACAAAACCCUAUAUAAUCCUAGUAUGCCUUAUAACUUCGUAGAUGUAGCCUCAGACUUCUGCCUUUAGUAUUUGAAGAUGUUUGAUUAUGCAAGUUAGCCCAGUCUGUUGCCUAAGUUAUGACACUGCAUCUGCAUGUGUUGUUCAUGAGAUGAGACGCCUAUGCAGGUAAUUAGUACAUACGCAGAUAUAAACACAAAUGCACAAGAAACAGUCCCAAUAGAGAAGAGCAGAGCUGUAGGAGAGACUCUCACAUGCCUGUUUUCAACCAAAGUGGUUUUAUUGCUGGUUCAGGGCUGGUCCGUGAGCCACAUCAGCUAAUAACUUGUUUCAUUUUUCUUUCUUUUUAUUUUAACACUGCAGAGGAAUGACCACAGAGCCCAUCGUAACAUCACACUUUCAACAUAUGUUUAAGCCUCUAGGUAGACUAUUUCUACACGGAUCGUAGAUUUAGUCUUGCUUUCCAUACAAACCUGUAUGAUUUCAGUCAUCUAGUUUAUAAAUACUGGCUCAGGCAGCAGUGAAUGUUUGUAAAUGCAUUUUUGUAAUGUCGAAAGGUGUUUCCACUGCUGAAUGGUUUUUAUGAACGAUGUCCAAAUGGUAUUUAUACACAUGGUUUCAGGCUGCCAAAAAUAAAACAACAUUUAUAAAUGAACUUGUAAAUGCUGUUUAUAAAUCCCGUUGGAAGCAUCUAUUGUGAACACGCGUGGGUGGUGGGAUUUAAACUUUAAACAGCAUUAAAAUAAGAGAAAUAAUUAAUUAUUUUGACUUCACAUCCUUGUUGAAGCUCAGUUUAACUAAAUCAGACUAGAUGUGAAACUGGAUUUACUGACAUCCAGUCUGGUUGAUUACCUCAUCCAUUUUCCUAGGCUGGAACCAGCACCUUGGUGGUGCAAGCAGAACAAACUGGUUUGAAGUUUGGCACUAAUGUUGAGAAAUCUUUAUCCUUUAUCCUGCAUUUCAGGGUGGAAGUGUCUGUUCAUGGUAAUGACUGCAUGUUCUAUUCACAUGUCCUCCGAUGUAAUAUGAAAUACCAUUUUAACAUGUUAAAAGAAAAUAGUAGUGAUAAUAAAAUGAUUAUCUAGACUAAUAAUCAGGAAGAACCAGACCUUCAUUUGAAACAAGCUAACAUCAAAAACAGGAUUUUUUUUAACCUUGUCUUCAUCCUGGGUUAAAAUCUUCCAUGUUUAUGUGCGUUAUGUGCUCUAAUUUCCAUUUCUAAAAUGUAAAUUUACUUUUUAUUGUUACAUUUUAGAGAAGCAAGUCUGCAGGAUCAAAAUUAUUUCCUUUAAAGAGAGUGGAAGCCUUCCUGUCUGUUUUUCCCCAUAUUAAAGACCCCUUAGUGGUGUAUUGAUGUAUCAAAACCCUGUCAUUAAAACCUGAUUAGUUUCCAUAGCAACUCAGGUUCCCAUGACUUGCCAUGGGAUUUAAAAGUUCCUUUAAAAAAAACACUUUUUUUGUGCAACAAAUUUCACUUAAUUUUACAGGGAUUGCUUCAAGCUUUAAAAGAUGCUUUAGUUGCAGAAAACAAGUAAUAUAAAUCAUAUGAAGCCACAUUUAGCAGCUUUAUAUGAUGAAAUAUAAAGAAUAUGAUUUUUUAAAAUUAAAACAAACAACAGGGUUUGUUGUUGUUGUCUGUGACACUUCAUUUGAAUGUUUAUGUGUUUAUAUCCACAUUAGUCUUAACUUGUCAUGAAUUAACAUGCAUUUUGUUAUUUUAGUGUAUACAAAGAUUAUAUAUUGAACACUUCGUGUACAGCCCUCACUUUUAUGGAAGCUUUUUUUUUAUCACCAACACGAACACAGGAUACAUAUUAAACACACGAAAUGACAGCUUUUCACACAGCCAAAGAGCAUCAGUUUUGUCUUUACUACAAGGUGGUUGGUGGACUCUAUUGACCUUCCAAGCAGGUAGAUUUUGCCAUGUUGUAUUUGCAUUUAGCAUCAAAGUAUUUUGCAUUUGUCCAUGUAAACUGCAUUUUGUGACUUGUCAUUGUUUUUGUUUUGUUUUCCAGCUGGCAUCUUCUUUCUGUCAUUUUGUGCUUUGUUUCAUGAAAAAUAUUAAGAAUGUUCAUCAAAUUACUGAGCUGUGUCUCUAAGUUUGUCUUUAUCAUUGUAUCUUGUGCCUUACAAUUCAUAACCCAUGUGUUUGUGUGUGUGUGUGUUAUAUAUAUAUAUAUAUAUAUAAUUCACAAAACAUUGGGGAUAUUCAACUUCAGUGCAAAAUUUAAAGAAAAUGUAACAUAAAACUUAUGCACUGCACUUAUAUAAUCAAUUUAGAGUAAAAUUAUGUGAUGGUAAUUCCUUCAUUUCAAACAAUUUAUUGAAACAAAAUCUACCAACAAUAAUUGGUAAAGUACAACAUAAAAUGUCAGUGUCUCCAUAGCUUGUCAUGUGUCAGGUGCUUUUUUUGGUCUGGUGGCAUCUAAACAUGAGCAGCAUGUUUACAUCCCAGUUGCUACUGAAACCAGAACAUUUAGUGGUCGAUUUAUGGUUGAGACACCCGCGGAAAAGCGGAAUAUCCCUAGCUUUUGUGAAUAAUACAUCAAAUACCUUAUAUGUAUGUGUUUAAUAUGCGUACAUGUGUGGGGUGAAAAAAAAGGACAAGUAGCUUUAUUUCACAAUGUCUCCUUAAUGUCUUGAAUAAAGAGCUUUGGCUGGAUAUAGCAACACAAA